AUGGCAAACAACAUCUUGGAGCCUCUGGAACAGUUCUACAGUAGCGAAGACUCUACAACAAACGAAACUAGCGACUCUACUUCAACUGGAGACACAUCUGGUGGAAGCGAAGGUUCUUCCACAACAACUGAAGGAAGUGAUUCUUCAUCUUCUACAAGCGGAAACUCUUCUUCAGAUGGAGACACAUCUGGAAGCGAAGGUUCUUCCACAACAAUUGAAGGAAGCGACUCUUCAUCUUCUACAAGUGAAGGCUCCACAGGAUUAAUUGGAAACCUCAUCAAAUCUGAUCUCUCAGAUAUCUCUAUUGAUCGUCUAUUCUCUUCUUCAAAUCGAUCCACUAGAAAUUCUGACAUUGGAUACAACGUUGAUGAUUUAGCCCUCUUAGAAGAGGUAACACAACAAGAAGGCGCCUUGACGGGAGAGACUACUGACGAAGGCAGCUCUACUUCAACUGGAGAAACAUCUGGAAGUGGAGAAAAUGCAGGAUCUGGCUCCUCCAUAAUAACUGAAGGAAGUGACUCUUCAUCAUCGACAAGUGGAGACUCUACUUCAACUGGAGACACAUCAUCGACAAGUGGAGAAAAUACAGGAUCUGGCUCCUCCAUAACAACUGAAGGAAGUGACUCUUCAUCAUCGACAAGUGGAGACUCUACUUCAACUGGAGACACAUCAUCGACAAGUGGAGACUCUACUUCAACUGGAGACACGUCUGGAAGCGAAGAAAAUGCAGGAUCUGACCCUUCUCCCACAACUACUAUCCUCUCUAGAGCAUCUCUACAAACACUUCCUCUUGUAUCUUCUCCCAAUAGCUCA